AUGCGUCUUACUGCUGCCGCCCUGCUCUCCGCCGUUGCGGUCUCUGCCCAUCCCAACCCCGGUGACAAGCUCAACAAGCCUCCGGUGCAUCCCAACCUGGACUACCUCGAGGCCGGUCUGGAGAAGUAUCUUCCCGAGACCAGCUACACGCUCCAUGAGUGGAACAAUGGCUAUAUUCCCGAGGAAUGCAAGAAGAUUGUCACCGGUGGCGUCGACGCCGGCACUCACUUCAACCCGGCCGACAUCCAGACCUUUGACGUCAAGUACGACGAUUGCGGCGACCCUUGGGUCUUUUGCCACCACCGCAACUCCAACGCCUCCAUCGACACCAUGGCGCGGCAGUUCGGCAAGCUGCCGAUCCAGAUGCGGCAGUGGGUGCGGCACGUCAUCGACCUUCCCGACAAGGGCCGACAUGCGUACGAGUGGGACGGCACCGUCACCUUCUUCGCCGCCGGCGACCACAUGAUGACCGUCAUCGCGCACGAGACCAGCCACUCGCUCGACCUCAGCGGCGCCUACCCGGACAAGUCGCUCUCCAACUCGGACCGCUGGUGGUCCGAGUACGACCAGGACUCGCACGUGCCGGACCCGUACAGCGCCAGCAACGCCAUCGAGGACGUCGCGCAGAACACCGUGGUGGCGAUCCACGACUCCAACGUGCCGGGCGGGUACCCGAGCGUGGAACCGGGCUGGGCGGGUAUUGUGCACCAGCUGCACUUGGUGGAGGCGGAGGCGCGCGAGGCAGGCGAGGGCAACUCGGUGCUGAUCCCGGGGCAUAAUAAGCAGUGCACGCACAGGAUGCCGGCGAGCAAGCCGGUGCCGGUGAGUGGGAGCGGCAAGAGGCGCGGGGCUGCGCCGGAUGUGAGCCUCAAGUCGGGCGUCAAGGUCAUUGACACGUCGGACCGCAAGCAGAAGCACUCUGGCUGCAAAUUGACUUGGUAA